GCCGUGAACAUCAAUGAAUGUCAAUAAAGAUUUGAAUUACGCGUUUACUCUGAGUCGCAAAUGGCUGUGGUUGUUUGGCAUAUGGCCCGAUCCCGAUAUCCCUUUGAGUGAGUUUCGUCGACCAAGCAUAAGAUUCAUUAUUGUUACGUGUACUGUGUUCCUAUACGUAUCCGCGCCUCAAAUGAUGAAUGUGAUCCGCGCUUGGGGUGACGUGUCUCGGAUGGUGGAAAAUUUUGCCUCCGCGAAUUUCAGUUUCUUGGCAGCAUGCAAAUUGGUCGUUACCUGGUAUCACGGCGAAACACUGCGGCCGCUGGUGGCAUCGAUCAUGUCCGAUUGGAUGACUUCGACGAACAAUUGGGAACGAAAUACCAUGUUGAAGAUUGCGAGACGUGGCAGAAGCUUAUCCUUCAGAUGUUGCAUGGCCGCAGUAGGCACGAUUAUAUUUUACCUUUCUUUCCAUUUGAUAAGAUUCUUUAAAACUAUACACCAACCUCGACGGCAUCUCGUUUAUCGGCUCGAAAAUAUCCAAAGAAGUCCGAUUUACGAAAUCCUCUAUUUUAUUCAACUAUCCGGCGGCACAUAUUCAGUUCUCGCUAACUACUCCGUCGACAGCUUUGUCUCGAUACUCGUGCUACAUGUGUGCGCGCAACUGAUAAAUCUGCGGACGACACUUGACAAUCUGGUUAACGAAUUAGCCAGUAAAUCUAUAUCUUCGUCGAGAUUUAGAGAAGGUUUAAUCGCGAUCGUUGUACGACACGAGCAUCUCAUCAGGAACGCUAAGACAAUCGACGGCUGCUACAGCUCAGUGUUAUUUGUGCACGUGUUUGCCGCUACUUUUCAGAUGUGUUUUAUAACUUUUCAGGUUUUCACGAUAAUAACAGAUACCUUGAAAGUACCUGUUGUCAGAGUAAUUUUUCUUUCGUUUUACAUCGCCCUUGUGCUGACGAAUAUGUAUAUAUAUUGCUACUCAGCUGAAAGACUUAUGACGGAG